AUGUCUGGCAGGACCGAAGCCGGCACCGUCCUCUGGGUGGAUCAGCCUGGAGAGGUUGGUUUCUCCGUGGGGGCGGAGAGCGAUGACGAGCUGGAGGUGUCCGAACGGAUGCUGGUUUUCAUGCUGGCCUUCUACGAACGGUAUCCAUCCUUGCUGAAAGUGCCGCUGUUCUUGGCAGGUGAGUCCUAUGCAGGCCACUAUGUCCCCGCGGUGGCGACAGAGCUGCUUGCCGCUUGGGACCGAGGUGCGCGCCUGGCGAAGGCUGGUCCCUUGGAAGACGUUUCGCCAUCGAGCGAACGAAGCAGCAGCGCUCAGCCCUAA